CGAAAAAGUUUUAAAUUUGUAACAAAGUCUAUUCACCCCCCCCCCCCUCUAGACUUUGUAUCUCACCACUUCGGGACCACCAAGAAGAAAGGAGAACAACCCAAGCGGCCUUGGACGGAGAAGUGGUGUACCUACCACCAAUCUUACUCCCACAAUACGGCGGAUUGCCGAAACGUCAAGGCUGUGCUCAAGGAAAUAGCCUUGAAGGGAGAACUUGGAGAAGGUAAUAUGACGGGGCCUAAAAAGGACCCGAAAGCAAACACUUGGACGCAUCCUCAGGAAAAAGAGCAAGGAAGGAGGAAAGGCAGGGAUAACAAUAAGCCAAAUAAAGAGUUCAUCGAGAUGAUUGUUGGAGGCCCGGAAGGCAGGGAUACUGCCUCCCAUCGGAAGAACUGGGCCAGGAGUCUACAUGUGAAGCAGUGUCAAUGUUUUAUACUUGGAUGCUUUCAAGAAAUUGAAGCUGGACAGGUCCAUGCUGAGACCAUUGCAAACUCCAUUGUCAGGCUUCACUGGAGCUGGCAUAGAAGCGGAAGACCUGGAAUCAACAAGGUCAGGGCCAUCAUUUCUAUGGCAAACUUAUGCAGGAAGUUGUACACUCUCAAUGGAAUCGGGGAGGAAAGGGGUGAUCAAAAGAACGUCUGGUCCUGUUAUCUAGAAGCGGUCAAGAAGAUGAACCGUCAGUUUGAACAAAUUGAAUUGGUCUCCCAGCAGGUAGACAAGGGUGAGGAGAAGGCUAGGAUCGAGCCGGAUGCUAACACGGAAUUGAUCCACGUUGAUGCUUCCAGCCCUGAAAGGAAGGUCAGGAUCAGGGUGGAUCUUCAGGAGGAGCUAAGGACUGAGAUUGUCCAGAUCAACAUCGAAUAUCAUCCGAGGACGGCGAUAAAAGGGCAUGCCGUGGCCGACUUUCUUGUGGAGAUGACAGGUCAUCAAGAAGAAGAACCGACUAGGGCCAUCUCCGAGCCUUGGUGGUCCAUGUCGGUAGAUGGAGCUUCCGGACCGAAAGGUUACGGGGGAAGUGUGGUAUUCACAACUCCGAGAGGGUUCAAGGUAUAUCAUGCCUUGAUCUUUAAUUUCAAGCUCACAAACAAUGAGGCAGAGUAUGAGGCAUUGAUAGGGGGUCUGAGAUUGGCCAAAACUCUUCAAAUCACAUGCCUCAGGAUUAAGUCCGAUUCCAUCUUGGUGGUAGGCCACAUCAAUGGCAACAUGGAGGCCAAAGGAGAGAAGAUGCAGAGGUACAGAGACUUGGCAAGGGCUCUACUAAAGGACCUAACGGAGUAUGUGAUGGAACAGAUCCUGAGGGGGGAGAACAUUGAUGCUGACAUGCUAUCAAAAUUGACGCAAGCAGCCCUGGAGCAUGUGUCUAAGCUAGCCAGGAUUGAGACACUAUAGAAAGCUAGCAUUGAAGGGUUUUCUGUUAGCCUGAUAGAGGAGGAUGGACAGCCCAAUCCAGAUCCAGAUCUAGUGGAAGCGGAUGAUGUUUGGAUAGAUGAUUUGGUCAGGUUUUACAUGACCGGGCAAUUCCCUGAAGAUGAGGACAGGGUGAGAAAAGUAAAGUUGAGGGCUCCAA